AAGAUCGAGUUCAGCGACGACACCUCGCUGUGGGGGAUGGAGGUGUCCGACCACUGCGACUCGGCUCUCAAGAAGUCCAAGUCGCUGCAGUGUCUGAGCUCGUCGGCGGCGCUGUGCUCCCCGCCCAACGUCCCCGCUCAUGGAGUCGAUGGCGGAAAUAUUAAAGGAUCCCGAAGCGAGAUGCGAUUCCCGGGUCUUCCGCGGCCUGGACGUCAAUGGCGAGCAAACGAGCCCCAACACAAGUGAACAAUCGGGACAAUGGUGGGCAGGAGGUUGCGGGGAGGAGGACGAGGGGGAGGAGACAGGCGGGGGGCGGGCCACAAAAGGGUCAGGUAGGGCAGGUGGGCAUGCGGACGGUGCGACGGGCUCACUCGCGUCCUCACCGGCGUCCCAGCACCACCAGCCCCCGCCCGCCGCUGCCCAGCCCAGCCCGACCCACCACCUCUCCCCGAACAGAAACCCGACACUACCACUUCCGGUGGAGAUGAGCGGUGGGCUGCAUCUGGCCGUGGGGCACGAGGGUGCCUGCUUCUCAGUGCCUCUCGGGCCGUCAUCCAGUGAGGACAGUGCUCGACCAGACCUGAGUCAGUGCGUUAGUGGUUGUGGCGACUCCGAUUCUCAGGACGGCAGCUUUAAGGACCCGCUGACGGCGCGACAGCAGCGGCGCCGAGAAGAGAGUUCAUACCGCCUACACCGCAUGUUACAAGACAAUGCGCAGCCGCUGGUAGAGGACGAGCCCGAGGAAUCCGUGAGCGCCGACUGGUCUAUGGAAGCUCUGCUGGACGAGUACUCGACCUACGACCACCAGGACCUCGACGAAGAGCUGAGCGAGGAAGCGCCUCCCUCCCCGGACUCCGUGGCUGACUCCAUCAGCCUGUGUACACUAGACAGCGACGCGGCUGACAACGUGUUCCUCAGCCCGAAAUUGGUCGAGAAGAUUAAGCAAGUGUCGGAGGAGAAGAUGUUGGCCAGGCUGAGGAAGUCGUUCCGCAGCAAGAAGGGGAAGGGUGCCCCCGCCGCCGCCGCCACGGUUCCUGCGGACGCCCCCGUGGCCCCGAAGGUGGGAAUCUUCAUGUUCGUGGACAACCCCAUGUACUUAAGUCCUGAUGUGAAGAAAGAAGUGAAAUUUGUGAGGCCUCACAUUGCAAAGAAUGAGGACGAAGGACGCAACAAUGUCUGGUAUGUUGGAAACCCCAUGUAUCACUCGCCGGAGCCGAGCAAGGUGAGAAAUGUGAACUACGAAGUGCGCCAAAAGGUGUUGUGCGAAAAGGAAAACAUGCGGAACUCGCGCAUCGCGAAAGUCGUGUGCCAGAACAAUAAUAACCGGAAGCCGCUGGCGAACAUCUGGCUGCAGAGCAACCCGUGCUACGAGUCGCCGGACAUCAAGACUCUGCAGGCCAAGCAGACCGGCGCCGCCCACCGCCUGGCGGCCAAGGUGCACGAGAGCACCUACCUGACGCCGAUCCCAGUGAAGCCGCCGAGGGAAUUCGCGCCGCGCCCGACCGUCCUCCCGGCGCCGAAUCCCUUGCCCGAGGACGACGACGACAUCCUGGACCACCAGAAGUUCCUCGACCACGAGUACUGCACCAUCCCUGGCGACGAGUCCGACUCGUGGGUGACCCAGUCCACGGCCUCGAGGAAGAGCGACUCCCCCUUGGCCAGGAGGAGCCUGGAGUUCGGCGCCACCUGCAAGACGCCCAAGGGCAAGAAGGGCGUCAAGGUGGCCCGCUCGCCCAUCACGCCGUCGCGGAUUUGGAGGCAGACCACGAGGGCGCAGCACUCCACGCCGAGGAAGUACCAGGGCACCUUGGAGAAGAACCUGGACACGGGGGCGCCCCUGGGCACGCGCUCGCACAGGACGCCCCGGGCCGUCAAGAGGGGGAAGAAGAUCCGUGAGAUAGUCCAGAAGGACUCUCCCUCGCCCACUCCGCCCCCGCUUCCCGCACGCCCACACCACACCCUCCGCCACUACGACAACGACCGCUCCAACGACACCGUCGGCCUGGAGGACACGAACGACUUCCACCGCCAGCCGCAGGACGACCUCGACGACACGUCCAAGUUCCAGCUCCCGCCUGACAGCGUGUACGAGAGCAUCACCUUCCUGGAGAGGGGCGUCGACCCCCACGAUCUGCCGCCGGGUUACACGCCCCGCCGGCACCACCUGCGGCGUCCGUCGGGCAACUCCUCGACCCUGACGCUCUCCCCGGCCCUGAGUCGCCCUUGCUCCUCCAGGGGCAGCCGAAGCAGGAGCCAUUCAAAAAACGGGCUGCGGUCAGGUUCCCCUUGCGAGGGGAGCCUGAGGGCGCGGGCGCGGAGGGGAUCCACCACGAAGAAGGUCAGCAAGAAGUACCGCGCCAGGGACGUGCUUGCGGGAAAGGGUCAGCUGAAGCUAGCAGUGUACGAGAAUUACGGCCUUCUUACCAUACACAUUAUCGAGGCAAGGAAGUUAAAGUCACGGUAUUCUAGUGUGUGCAAUCCAUAUGUCAAGAUCUCCCUGGUGCCGGACUGCGUCGAGAGAACCUUCUGCCGGACGCCGCUAAUCCGAGCCACCAACGCCCCGAACUUCGACCAGAAAUUCAGCUUUGAUUUCCUUCCCGAAGACUUGGAUAAGCGCCUCCUGAUCUCGGUGUGGAGUCGAGAUACCUUGAGGAAAAGGAGCGAAUUCCUUGGCUGUAUGUCCUUCAGCGUAGCCCAUAUAUCACACAAGCGAGUGCAUGGCUGGUUUCGCCUGCUGACGGAGACGCUGGGAAGGAGAAAGCACUUCGCCGUGUCCUUCCUCAACGCCACUACUUCCGGAGAGACGUCUAAGAGCAAGAUGGAGGAGGUGCUUAUCCUUGAUGACAACCAACCUCCUACUACAGCGCACGACCCGACAAAACACCGCGACAGAGCAGAUAUUCACACUACGGGCUUGAAUCUGAACGAAAAUGAGCUGGUGGGCAGAAACAUCAUGCAGCAACAACAAGAACAACAACAACAACAGCCCAAGGGACAGACUCCAUACACCAUCACCGUCAAUGUUGUUCGGGGAAACCAAGGUUUCGGCUUCAGCGUGGCGUGGACGAAGCCGCCCCGAGUCGAGCGCGUGGAACCGGGUCUGCCAGCCGAGCAAGCCGGUUUGAAGCCGGGAGAUUACAUUAUCUUCGUCGGGCAGUUUAAUGUCGUCAAGUAUGAGGAGGAACAGGUGCUCGAUAUCAUAAGGGAUAGUGGCGACGUGCUGUCUAUGGAGGUGUACCGCCGCGGCGUCUCGAAGCACCCCCGAGGCUUCGUCAACGGCUUCGUCCCGUCUCGAACCGCUUCGGAACCGGGACUCGCCAACGGGAACGAAUCCCACCCACGCAAGAAGCUCAGUCACAUUACUUUCAACACGGAGGUAGGAUGGGGCUUGAAUGUGUGAUGGGGUUGGCCCUGGCUCCGGAAGAAUGGGCGUGGCAGGUCCUUAAGAGGUAGUAAGGAUGGGCGGUGCUGAAACGUGUGGCGGAGGAAUGCGGGGGCCGUCGGAUCCUUUUAAAUAUGUGGAGACUGGAAGGGUUCUUGCGGAGGAUUCGAGUGGCUCGAGAAGAAUGAGAUUGGUUUUGUUUGAAGAUUUGCUUUUUUUUUGUUUUUUUUGUUGUUGUCUUCAGAUUUGGAAGGAUUCGAGUUUUUUUGUUUUUGUUUUUUUAUUAGAUUGAGAGCGAGGGAUUAGAGAAUUCCGUGUGAUAGGAGCUUGAUUUGUGAAGGAUUGGUUUGACGUUAGGAUAACCCUCUGAUCCUGAAGGUUAGGAUGGAAGUUUAAUCUGUGAAGGAUUGACAUAAGGUCCUUUCAUGCGUGGCUAUACCCAUUUCCAAAUCCCUCCUCCUCCUCUCCUCCUUUUUUUCUCUUUUCUUCCUUUGCACCCAUUUCUUGCUUUUACUUUGCAGUACUAUAAAAGUGCAAGUUGAUGACCAUUUUUUCCUAUUUUUUAAACUUUUUUUUUGUGAUUGAAAAAAAUGCUGCUUGCUUCUGCUUUCGCGAGCAUGAUGUUUAAGACAUUUUGAACAACUUCAUUGCACAAUUUUAGACAUAUGGGCAUGAACACAUACGCUCAUGACGCUAAAAAUUAACUCACACACGAUCAAAUUAUAGAGUUGUGAAAUUCAUUUGUAAAUAUUUUCUGAAUCGAGAAUAUUGGCACAGGCUUAAAAGCUAUAUCAAUUAUCAUGUUUAAACUUGGAAAACCCUCUUUUUUCCCCUUUUUUCUCUAUUACAAAAUUACCUGAUUUGCAUAGCUGGGCCAAAUCGAAAACAUAUAAUUUUUUUCUAGAUGUUUUAGAAAUCUAACCUUGACAUACUGACGAUAACACUAAUUUUAGCCUAGGACCUUCCUUCUUCACUGUUCUAUCUCUAUAUUAAUUAUAUCUUUGAAUAAAACAUUGUGAUAAUUGACUAUAUAUCUAAUGUAUAUUCACGUGCCCACAGUACAUAGGAUAUAUAAUUUCAUAUAUUAUAAAGCGCCAGUAUACAUCGCCACAGUAUUGUAUGCGAGUUCCUAUGCUGCCUGUAGAGUUGUUAUGUAGUAUGGUAUACCUCAUGUAUUAUAUCAUAGUACUAGAGCUGCAGUGUUGGGCAUAUAAACAUAUAUUUAUAUAAAUAUAUUUGUACGUGUAUAUAUUGUACAUGCUGAGAUAUAUAUAAAUAUAUAUAUAUUUUUUACACCCCCUUUG